UGCAUCUCUUGCGUGCCUUGAUUCACCCAAAAGACAAUGCGGUGGGACCAAAUCCAGGUGCGCCGGAAAAACCCUAGUUUCACCCCGCGACCCGGACUCAUAUAAGGUCAAAGCGCGGUUCGCUGCAAAGGUCCAUUCUUUUGGGUUACAGUAGAUUGGGUACGCGGGUGGAGGCCGAGAGGAAACAUGGCACGGGACAGCUGCUUGGCUCGCGUCGCCGCUGGAGCUGCCGUCGGCGGCGCGGUCGGCGGCGCGGUCGGUGCGGUUUAUGGGACCUAUGAAGCUAUUAGGUACAAGGUUCCAGGAUUAUUGAAAAUCAGAUAUAUCGGACAAACCACGCUCGGAAGCGCAGCAGUUUUUGGGCUCUUUUUGGGGGCUGGGAGCUUGAUACACUGUGGGAGAUCUUACUGACUACCUCUUGAGCGCUUCUGCACUCUUUUGGGGUUGAGAGUUCAUUGCAUAAAGAUCUUGCGAAGCCCCCGGUUUUCUGAGUAUGUGACAUUAUUUUCCGUUUGAUGUAUUAAAGUUUGAUACUGUGGUUGAGUUCUCAACCAAGUGAAAGCUUGAUGAUGAAGAAGGGCAACUGUUUUUUUUCUGAAUAUGUCAACUGUUACAGAUGGAAAUAAUUAGAGAUGCCGAGAUCGAUCGAUACAUGUUAUCAUUC